GUGCGAGAAUUAAAUCUCAACAUCAACAAGAAUCGUCCCGAGAAACGAAUGGGUGUGAAUGUGAGCGAACAAGUAGGCUUUGCUGGCUUACAGACCGAUGCGGGGGCUGCCCCUCCCUCUUGGACGCCAUCUGAUAGGGCGAAGAUCACAGGUGAGACUAAGACGAACUAUCAAACUAUUCUAAGACACGCUGAAUUGCAGAAUACACACUAG